CCUACCGGGGAGAAUGGCGCGACAAGGGCGCCGAUCUGCGUCGAGCUGCAGCGGGAGACAUCACUCAGCAGCAAGGCCAUCGUUCUGCAGAUCGAGGGCAAGUCACAGCAGGUCUCCGCGAGACAGGUUGAGUAAGGCUGGUAGCUCUGGCAAGGGGCGAUCGGAUGAGAUCAGUAUGAAACUGUGCACCAGCACAGGUGGGUUUGUUACUCUGUUGUUACUUCUUGUUUUUUCCCCUAUGUGGUCCGCGUUGAUGACUGAGUGAAUGCCAGUGAGAAUACACGUUCUUAUUUCAUUUUCAUUUCCUUUUGAGAUUCUCUCUUCUUUUCUUUUGGAUAAGCAACUCUGCCGUUCCCUUCAAUGGAUAGGAGGGAAGUGGCUUUGGUUUUUGCUACUUUUAGUUAGAGAUGCAGCUGCAACUAUGUCGAUUUUACACCACGAAUAGGCUCAACUUACAUGUUUCAAAUUUGAUAUACUAGCGCUACUUUGAUUCCAGUGUGCUUCUCAACUGAUUAACAGUAAGGUCUUUCGUUGAUUUUGAAUGAGAGUAACAGUGCAUUUUGUAGGUCUCUGUUAGUCUGUAGUUGCAUCCAUCUCGACUGCAACCCUUGCCGUACCAUACCUCUGUCUCUGUGCUUUGAAUUCUGAUUCAUAUCAAAAGCAUGCGCCGUUUCAGAUAAAAAGCUAUGCUUUGUCAACAAUAUUCUCUAAGUUUUCAUAAGAUAUAUGCCUGGGUGCAUGUCUUCAAAAACCAAUGCCCUUCAAAUUUAAGAUUACAGUAACCAUCUUUAUUGUGUUUUCACAUUGCAAGUCUGCAUAAGUACUUUUGUUUCAGCCCCUGCAUUAAAAUUAAUCGACUUACCUGGCAUCGAUCAACGGAGUAUGGAUGAAUCAACGAUUGGUAAUUAUGCAGCACGCAAUGAUGCAAUUUUGCUAGUUAUCGUUCCUGCUCUACAAGCACCUGAUGUGGCAUCUUCUCGAGCUCUAAGGAUUGCUAGGGAAUUGGAUUCAGAAGGUACUAGAACCAUUGGUGUCUUAAGCAAAAUUGAUCAGGCUGCUGGAGAACAGAAAGCCCUGGGUGCUGUUCAGGCCUUGCUUGUAAAUCAAGGUCCUAGAACUGCAGCAGACAUUCAGUGGGUAGCUACAAUUGGACAUUCUGUUCCUACGGCCUCUGUUCAGUCUGAAGUAGGUUCUGAAACCUCACCAGAAGCUUCUUGGCAAGCAGAAGUUAAAAGCCUUAUAUCUAUACUUGGCGGAGCUCCCCAAAGUAAGCUUGGUCGAGUAGCUUUAGUUGAUUCACUUGCUAAGCAGAUAAAGACACGGAUGAAUGUUAGGCUGCCAAAUCUCUUAAAUGGUCUUCAAGGGAAGUCUCAAGUUGUCCAAGAGGAAUUAGCAAAAAUUGGAGAACAGAUGGCCCAAAGUUCUGAAGGAACCAAGGCAAUUGCUUUAGGACUUUGCCGAGAAUUUGAGGAUAAGUUUCUUGAACAUAUUGCUGGGGGUGAGGGUGCGGGAUGGAAAGUUGUUGCAAAUUUUGAGGGAAAAUUUCCAACUAGGAUCAAACAACUACCCCUGGACAAGCAUUUUGAUAUGAAAAAUGUCAAAAGGAUUGUUCUGGAGGCUGAUGGUUAUCAGCCAUACCUGAUAUCACCUGAAAAAGGUUUAAGGUCUCUCAUAAAAGGGCUUCUAGAGUUGGCAAAGGAACCAUCAAUACUUCUUGUGGAUGAGGUUCACCGUGUAUUGAUAGACAUAGUAUCGUCUGCAGCAAAUGCAACUCCAGGACUUGGUAGAUAUCCUCCAUUUAAGCGGGAGGUAAUUGCAAUUGCAUCUGCUGCAUUAGAUGGUUUCAAGAAUGAGGCACGAAAGAUGGUCGUUGCACUAGUUGAUAUGGAGCGGGCAUUUGUACCUCCCCAGCAUUUUAUCCGCUUAGUGCAGAGGAGAAUGGAAAGGCAACGUCAAGAGGAUGAGCUAAAGAGUCGCUCUACAAGGAAGGGUCAAGAUUCAGACCAAAAGAGAGAUACAAGCCCACUGAAAAUUUCAAAUCAAAGCGAUAUGAAACAGUCAUCAAAUAUACAAGUUCUAGGUCCUGCAGGAGAAAUUAUUGCUGGUUUCUUGUUCAAAAAACGUGCAAAAACAAACGACUGGAGCAAGCGGUGGUUUGUUCUAAAUGAGAAAAGUGGAAAGCUUGGAUACACCAAAAAACAAGAGGAGAGACAUUUUCGGGGUGUCAUAAAUUUGGAGGAUUGUAAUCUUGAGGAGAUUUUAGAUGAUGAUGAUCCUCCAAGAAGUUCUAAAGAUGCUAAAAAGGCAAAUAUGCUAGAUACUGGAAAGGAUUCUAGUCUUAUGUUCAAGAUUACUCACAAAAUUGCUUAUAAAAAUGUUUUGAAAGCUCACAAUGCCGUUAUACUGAAGGCUGAAAGUAUGAGUGAUAAAACUGAAUGGGUCACUAAGAUUCAAAGCAUUGUUGAUCCGAAAGGGCUUUCUGCAAAGAGACCAAACCCUUCAGAAGGUGGUGCCCCAAUGAAGCAAAGCUAUUCAGAUGGUUCUCUAGAUACGAUGCUUAAGAAACCUGUGAACCCUGAAGAAGAGCUUAGAUGGAUAUCUCAGGAAGUCCGUGGAUAUGUGGAAGCAGUCCUCAACAGUCUUGCAGCAAAUGUCCCCAAGGCUGUGGUUCUUUGCCAAGUUGAGAAAGCAAAGGAAGAUAUGCUUAAUCAUUUGUAUACGUCCAUAAGCACGCAAGGCGCAGCCAAGAUUGAAGAGUUAAUCCAGGAGGACUAUAAUGUGAAGCGCAAGCGUGAAAAAUUCCAGUUGCAGUCAUCCCUUCUUUCCAAGGUCACUCGCCUGCUCAGCUUACAUAGUAGUCGGUCAGCGAAUGUUAGUUGGUCAAACGAUUCUGCUGGAUCAGAGAGUAGCCCAAGGGACAGUGGACACUCUGGUGAUGAAUGGAAGUCCGCAUUCGAAGCUGGAUUCACAGCUUCAUCAGCUGGAGAAACCAGCCGCCGUAUGCCGAGUCGAGGGCCGCCACCGCCACCAAAUGGUGGCUGAUCAGGGGAUCCAAGGAGCACGUCUGUUUGCUACCUGAGCAGCUGAUCUGAGUUUUCAGAGGAACACGAUAACGACCAGUGAAGGUCCAAGAUUGACUGGAUUACUGAAACAAGGCGUGUCCAUAGGUUUGUGAAUAACAAACCAUCGUUAAUAGAAGGAUUUGUGUCUUUCCCACUUACAUUAAUGCUGUAGGAUCGAUCCAGCGUCUCUCUGUAAUCUUUGGCUGGUUUCUGUAAUAGUAUUUUUCUAAAGAAAGGAUAUAUGAAAUUGUCCAUGUCUUAGUUUUUUGAGUUAAUUCUCUU